AUGGAGGCAGUGCUCGUUCCACAAAGAGCAGUCGGCGACAAUCAGGGCAGUCUGGAACAUGGUCACCAGACGGCCCUCCACCGGGCAGCCGUGGUGGGAAACCAUGAUGCCAUCUCCGCCCUCAUCCUUGGAGGCUGUGCACUUGAUCUACAAGACAAGGAGGGUAACACUGCUUUACACGAGGUUUCAUGGCAUGGCUUCAAUCCAUGCGUAAAGCUGCUGGUCAAGGCUGGAGCCAAUGUUCAUGUAAAAAACAAAGCAGGAAACACACCUCUACAUCUGGCAUGUCAGAAUGGACAUUCACAGUCUGCUCGAGUGCUUCUGCUUGGUGGAGCUUUGCCUGACAGCAAAAACAAUGUAGGUGAUACAUGUUUGCACAUUGCUGCCCGCUACAAUCACUUGGCCAUGAUUAAGAUCCUCUUGGGUUCUUUUGGCUCUGUGGCUGAGAAAAACCAGGUAGGGGACACUGCUCUCCAUGUCGCUGCCGCCUUAAAUCACAAGAAAACUGUCAGUCUGUUACUGGAGGCUGGAGCUGAUGCAAGCAUAAAAAACAAUGCAGGACACACUGCUCUUGAUAAAGCCCGGGACAAUAACAGCCGAGAUUUAGCAAUUCUUCUGGCAAAAUCCAAUCAGGUCCAGAGGUUUGCACGUGGCAAGACGGUGAGAAAAAGAAGAGACAUAUUGCGGGCACAGAGGAGAGCUCAGUCCCUCCCCGGAGAUCCAGAAGCACCCAGAGUGAAGGAUAGUGCUGAGGUGGCUGGAGAUACAAACAGCAGUGAUCAAGUAUUUCACAGAAUACAACCCGAACGUAACAAAGUCGCUUCGAGCCCCUGCACGAGGAGAAAGAUCAAGAAACCAAGCAGGAAGUCAGAGCAUGUUUACCGGAGAGAGUAUCACCUCCAUGAGAGAGAAUCGCCAUCUCUGAGAGUAAAACACAGCAGCCGCAGCUCUCAGGAAGAAGAGGAAACUCUACAUGACAAAGCCUUUCAGCUUUAUACUCUGUAUAGAGACAAAGAUGGGCAGAUAAAGCAGGCUCCUGCAAACGCCUGUCACUGUAAGCCCCUCAUCAAAAAGCUGGAGAGUAAGCUGAAAGCCACAAAGAUGGAGAUGAGAUCACAAAUUCACACUGUGCAAGAGGAGAUCAACUGCAAACUGGGCAGAAUAGAGCAUAAAAACAAACAUCAGUUUAAAGUGCUUGAGAAACUGACGCAGGAGCGUGUAUCAGCAGAGAGGAUGGAGUGUCAUUAUCGAAUCAAUCAGAGAGCCACAAUGGAACGAAUGGAGGGCGAGAGAAGACAGCAGGUUGCUGCUACCAAUGAGGUGAAAAGCUGGUGCAUGUCUAAGAUACAUGAUCUUGAAGUGCGAAUGCCUGCUGAGACACAAUGCUACAAACUCCUGCGGUCUCCAUCUGUGGAUCACACUCUGGUGGACACAGACUCAGAAGGUCUCCCACUGCUAUCACUCAUCUCUGAUGAGAGCUCUAGCUCGCUGGCCAACUACGUCAAUGUGUUACCCAUCCCAGGAGCAGGGCCACGCUCGGGUGUGAAAAGUCUUGAAUUUGAGGACACGCUGGGGAAGAGAUACUUUGAGAUGGAGCUGGAUGGUAGUUCAGAUGAUUACUAUAAUUUGUCAGACCUAUCCAUGGUGAAACACAAACCGUUAUCACGGAAGCUGGCCGCAGCUGACCCCAAGUGGCGGAGAACAGAACUGCAGGAGGUAGAUUUCUCCAAGCCCAGGCCAGACAAGAGGGAUGAACUGUUUGACAGCAGUGCCAGCAGCAGCCAAACCACAUUCAGCAAGCAAUUCAAUAACAGUGAUACAGAUCAGGCUCCCGGUCCAGCCUGGAAACAUCCCAGACACCUAAAGGAUAGGAUUAAAGCACAUCACGCUCACUCCCAAGAGGGUGGGGCCAUGAAGACCUUGGAGAUUUUUGCAGAUAGGCCCACAGAGGCCACCUUCAUCCAGGAGCGAACAAACUUGCAUGCCAUGGAAGUGACGCACCGUUUCUUUGAGACGGUAUCCACGCAGCUGGAGCGCUGGUAUGAAAGGAAGAUUCUGGAGGCCCAGAGGGUGGCAGAACAGAAAGCGUUGCAGGACAGAGCCAAUCUGCUGGAGAAGAUCAACAUACUGGAGGAAGAGCUACAGAGGCUUCGCACUAACACUAACACUAAAACUAAAACCAACCCUUGACACCACUGAUUUGGUUCAGAGUGUUGGUUUCCAUCUCAGAAAAGUGGUGGCAAUAUGAACUAGUUUAGAGCUUUCAGCUUUGUAAACUAUAGUUUUCCAGUAUUAAAGACCCCAUGAAAUGGCUUAUAAAAUAGCCAAUAGGCUUUAGUUUAUAUUAUAGCCAUGAAUUUUGGA